UAUAGUAUUGUUGGGUGAAACAGUCAAAUUGUACACUUGUGCGAAAUAAACGUUUGCGUUUGGACAGUCGGAAGUAUGGAGCUACAUGAGGAUUUGAAUAUAUUUGUAAAUGGACAAUUUUAUAAGGUUCUUGCAAAUGAAUUAUCCCCUACUACCACCUUAAACAGUUUCUUAAGGAACCAUCUACAUUUAACAGGCACUAAGCGAAUGUGCUUAGAAGGAGGUUGUGGAGCUUGCUUGGUUGCUGUCAAACGGCAGAAUGCAACAACGAAGGAAGAUGAAAUAGUUGCUGUCAAUUCUUGUUUGGUUUCCAUUUUUUCAACAGUCGGCUGGGAAAUUUAUACAAUAGAAGGCCUUGGAGACACAACGAAUCCAAAUAAGUUACAGCAAGUAAUUGCCAAGUUUUACGGCACGCAAUGUGGGUAUUGUACGCCUGGUAUGAUAAUGAAUAUGUUUGCCUUGAAGCAGAACACGAAAGAUGUUAUGAUGGAGACUGUUGAAAAUUCCUUUGGCGGAAAUAUAUGUAGGUGUACUGGAUACAGACCAAUUUUAGAAGCCUUUAAGUCAGUUUGCCAAGACGCGUCUCCAGAUUUGGCUAAAAAAUGUGGGGAUAUCGAAGACAUGCCUUUGUGUAAAAUGAAACUGAAAUAUCCUGAUAUUAUUUGUAGUCCAAACUUAUCUUCUCCGUUUUAUUAUAAACUAGGAGGAUUAUCUUGGAUUAAAGUCACUUUGCUGAACGAUUUAAUACAAAUAAUAAAGACAUUCGAAUCAACUAAGAAUGGCAACCCGAACUAUUAUACCAUAGUAGCUGGAAAUACAUCAAAAGGAGUAUAUAAAAAAGAAACUGAAUACAAUGUUUACGUAGAUAUACAGGAUGUUCCUGAAUUAAAAUCUAUCAGAUUAGUUGACAAUGGAUUACGCGUAGGUGCAAAUAUUACAUUGACUACUGCAAUCAGUACAUUUAAAAAAAUGUCACAAAGUAUACCACAACUAAAAUAUUUGAAGAAACUAGCUGACCAUAUUGAUUUGGUGGCAAAUGUACCCGUAAGAAAUAUAGGAACGUUAGCUGGAAACUUAAUGAUUAAACACAAGAAUAACGAAUUUCCAUCAGAUAUAUUUCUGGUUUUAGAAACUGUUAAUGCGACAUUACAAAUAAUUGAUACAGAAGAAAACGAAAAACUUAUCAAACCAAGAGAAUUUUUAAAAAUGGAUAUGGAGAACAGGAUUAUCAAGAGUAUUUUUUUGCCAUACCUGUCAAAAAAUUAUUAUUUUGAAAGUUUUAAAAUAAUGAAACGUUCUCAAAAUACCCAUGCUAGCCUCAAUACAGCAUUUUUACUGAAGAUUUCUGAUGACAAACUGGUAGAAGAAGCAAAUAUCGUAAUUGGCACUCUAGGAUCAAAAAUCCACGCAUCAGAUAGUGAGAAGUUUAUUAUAGGCAAAAAUAUUUUUAAAAACGACAUAUUACAGCAAGUAUUCAAAAGGCUGGACGGUGAACUAAAUCCCGAAAAUGAUUUAAUGCACCCUUCGCCAGAAUAUUCCAAAAAGUCUACUAUUAGUUUAUUUUAUAAAUAUAUUCUCAGUAUUGCACCUCAAAAUUUAUUGACUCCAAGUCACGUCUCUGGAAAAUCUAAAUUGAAACGGCCUAUCUCGAAGAGUAAACAGGAAUAUGAAAUAAAAGAAAACAUGUAUCCGAUUUCUUAUCCAGUUACAAAAAAAGAAGCGAUGCUGCAAGCUACAGGUGAAGCAGAAUAUAUCUCAGAUAUGCCAGACUUGGUAGGUCAGCUACACGCUGCUUUCGUACUAGCCAAAGCUAAGCCAUUGUCAAGAAUUAUAAAAGUAGAUACCGAAAAGGCUAUGAAAUUGGACGGAGUAGUGGCAUUUUUUGACAAGAAUGACAUCCCCGGUCGGAACACCUUCACCCCCAUAGAGGCAGAAUUUCUAACAUUCUAUCACGUAGAAGAAGAGCUCUUUUGUAGCGGAGUUGUGCAGUAUGACUGCCAACCAAUAGGAGUGAUAGUAGCCAAAUCGCAGGACCUAGCCGAAAAGGCGGCAGAAUUGGUAGAAGUAGUUUACGAAAAAACGAAUGAGAAGAAUCUCCAUAGUAUUAAAGAUGUGUUGAAAAACAACGCGAUGGAAAGAAUAAGAGAAGAUACAAAGGAGGAGCCGAUACAAAAAGGAGCAAAUACAGAACAUAUCGUUAAUGGAAAGGUAGAGCUAGGUUGGCAGUCUCAUUUUUACAUGGAAACUCAAUGUUGUAAUGUAGUUUAUAAAGAUGAUGGCUUAGACAUGUAUGCUAGUACUCAGUGGAUGGAUUCUGUGCAAACAGCAGCAUCUGUAGUGUUAAAAAUUCCUGCUAAUAAAAUAAAUGUAAUUGUUAAACGUAUAGGAGGUGCUUUUGGCGGAAAACUCGUAAGACAUGGUAUAGUUUCAAGUGCCGCCGCAGUGGCGGCUUACAAGCUUAAAAAACCAGUUAAGCUCUGGCUUCCCAUAGAAAAAAAUUUCGCAAUUAUCGGUAAGAGAAAUCCCGUACUAAGCAACUACGAAGUGGGUACGGAUAGAGAUGGAAAUAUUCAGUUCGUCAAUAAUACCUUUUAUAUUGAUCAUGGAAAAGGGGGAAAUGAGGAUUUAAUUCCCUUUAUAAAUUCAGCUUUGACAACAACUUAUUCUUCAAAACAAAGAUCUACGUCAUCAAAUACGGUGACAACAGAUAUGCAUUCUAGUUGUUACAUGAGAGCGCCAGGAAUGCUUGAGGGUGUCGCUCUAGUCGAAUCAAUCAUGGAGAAUACAGCGAUGGAAAUAGGUAUGGAUGCUUUGGAGUUCAAGAUUAAAAACAUUGAAAAAACAGAUCCCAAAAUCUUAGAAUAUUUGUUGGAAUUAAAGCAAUGGGCUGACAUUGAUAAAAGGAAAGAAGAAAUCGAAAGAUUUAAUAAGAGUAAUAUUUGGCGUAAGAAAGGAAUUUCCGUAGUUCCGAUAAAAUACCCCAUAGAAAUAUUUUUUAAUUAUGGGGUAUUGGUCUCCAUAUAUCAUUGUGAUGGAAGCGUGGCAAUAUCUCAUGGCGGAAUUGAAAUAGGUCAAGGCAUAAACACUAAGGCGAUUCAAACUUGUGCGUACAAACUUGGCAUUCCGAUGGAGAAGAUUGCAGUUAAACCGAGUAACAACUUGAUCGGAGCAAAUUCGGGAAUGACAGGAGCCAGUUUGGCAAGUGAAGGAGUCUGUUGGGCUGUUUCAGAAUGUUGUGAGAUUCUUUUGGAGAGGAUGAAACCUAUCAAAGAAUCUAUGUCGAAUCCAACUUGGGAGGAACUUGUUAAAAAAAGCCACAGAGAAUGUGUAAAUUUGGUAGCUAAUACGAUGUACUCAAAAAAAGCUCCUAAACUGGCCGGUUACUCAGUAUAUGCAGCUUGUGCAGCAGAAAUAGAACUAGAUGUUCUUACAGGACAGCACUUGCUCAACAGAGUGGACAUCUUGAAUGACGCAGGCGAUAGCAUGAAUCCGGAAAUCGACGUGGGCCAAAUCGAGGGUGCUUUCGUCAUGGGUAUUGGAUAUUUCACCACGGAACAAACUGUAGUUGGUAAAAAUGGAGAAAUUUUGACUAACAGGACUUGGAAUUACACUCCUCCUGGUGUCAAGGAUAUACCAAUCGAUUUUAGGGUAAAACUGCCAGGAAGAAAUCCAAAUCCAGUGGGAGUUUUAAAAUCUAAAGCUGUUGGUGAACCUGCAAUUUGUGUAAGUGUUGCUGUACCAUUAGCAAUUAGAAAUGCUGUAGCUUCUGUCCGAAAAUAUUUCGAUAAAGAAGCUUCUGCUUGGUAUCCAUUUGUUGGACCGUCAACUGUUGACAAUACUUUUAUCAACUGCUUACAUAACUACGAAAAAUAUACCUUAUAG